AUGGGGCAAGGUCUUUGGGUAGAACUAGGUACUAGGUACUCACGUGUUUUGGGGUAUAAUCAAGUACAAGGUGACUCAGGUUUUUGGAUUUACAAGGACAAGUACAAGGACAAGCACAAGGAUAAGUACAAGGACAAGUACAAGGACAAGUACAAGCACAAGUACAAGGACAAGGAUAAGUACAAGGAUAAGUACAAGGACAAGUACAAGGACAAGGACAAGUACAAGGAUAAGUACAAGGAUAAGUACAAGGACAAGUAUAGGAACAGUGGUACGGUGGAACAGAGGUACAAGGGAACAGUGGUACGGUGGAACAGAGAAGCAGGAUCACCCACACAACCGACGCCAACAAGCAGGAUCACCCACACAACCGACGCCCAUGAAGCAGGAUCACCCACACAACCGACGCCAACAGAAGCAGGAUCACCCACACAACCGACGCCAACAGAAGCAGGAUCACCCACACAACCGGACGCCAACAGAAGCAGGAUCACCCACACAACUCGACGCCAACAGAAGCAGGGAUCACCCACACAACCGACACGCCAACAGAAGCAGGAUCACCCACACAACCGGACGUCGCCAACAGAAGCAGGAUCACCCACACAACCGACGCCAACAGAAGCAAGAGAUCACCCACACAACCGACGCCAACAGAAGCAGGAUCACCCACACAACCGACGCUACCGAGAAGCAGGAUCACCCACACAACCGACGCCAACAGAAGCAGGAUCACCCACACAACCGACGCCAACAUACACCUACGCCACUAGACUAUACCGACCUUCACAGCCACACACACGACCCCCCCCCAAAACACCUCAUUAA